AUGGCCCUCACAGCCCAGCAGAUAGCCACGGUCAAAUCGACUGUCCCCAUCGUCCGGCAGUAUGGCAAGACCAUCACCGACACCUUCUACAGGAACCUGCUUGGUGCACACCCCGAGCUGAAAAAUUACUUUUCUCUCAAGAACCAACAGAGCGGUGCGCAGUCAGCAGCCCUUGCCAACGCCGUCUUUGCCUACGCCUCCCACAUUGACGACUUGCCCAAGCUGAGCGACGCCGUCGAGCGCAUCGCCCAAAAGCACGCCUCUCUUUUCGUCAAGCCCGACCAGUAUCCCGUUGUAGGCAAAUACCUGUUGGGCGCCUUUGCAGAGGUUCUGGGGAAUGCCUUGACGCCAGAGAUUGCCGAGGCUUGGGUCGCCGCCUACGGCCAGCUGGCCGAUGUCUUCAUCCAGCGGGAGAGGCAGCUCUACAGCGACGCCGGCGAGUGGCAGGGCUGGCGCGAGUUCAGGGUUGCCGCCAAACGAGCCGAGACGGAACACAUCAUCAGUGUUUAUCUAGAGCCUGUUGACGGGAAGCCACUGCCGGCGUUUCGGCCGGGCCAGUACGUGUCGGUGCAGAUCCCGCUGCCCGAGCUUGGUGGGCUGUUGCAAAAUCGACAGUUUAGCUUGAGCGUUGCUCCCGAGGACAAGAUGAAGCAGUAUCGUGUGUCUGUCAAGAAGGAAGCCGUGGAGCCUUACACCAGACGGGACCUCUCCGAGGGCAAGGUUUCAGGCAUCGUCUGCAACAGGCUACAUGACCGGUACGACGUUGGCGACGUGGUCAACGUCAGCCCCCCUCGCGGCGAGUUCUUCUUUGACGACGCUGCCGUGGCGCCCGCUGCUCCUGUUGUCUUGUUGUCGGCCGGUGUGGGUGCCACGCCCUUGGUCUCCAUUCUCGACUGGGUUCUAAAGUCGCCCAACGCCUCGAGACGUGUGACCUGGGCGCAUGCCGCGAGAAAUUCUCACUCUGUUUGCUUCAGCAAGCACAUUCGCGAUGUUUGCGAAUCCAAUCGCAACGUCAAGUCUGCCUUGUUCGUCAAGAACAUCGCGGACGUUGACGAGCAGGGCCGACAUUAUGACUUUGCCGGCUCCAUGGACAUUGACAAGCUUGCAGAAGAGGGCGCCUUGUAUUUGGACAACAAGACGACCGAGUAUUACACCUGCGGCCCCGAGGAGUGGAUGAUCAAGAUGAGAGAGGCGCUGACGAGCAAGGGGGUGGCUGUGGGCAAGGUGCACCUCGAGGUGUUCAGGACAGGAGACGUCUGA